ACAACAGCAUUCCGGUUCAUGUCCAUCACCAGCGUGGCGGCGGUUCGUUAACCUGCAUGUAGAACCUGCAUUGCUUUCCGUUGCGUUUAUUAUUAUUAUUAUUAUUAUUAUUUACAACACAAUAGGGCAUUGAUCAAAUCUUAAAAGUUCACUCCAGGGGGGUGUUCAAAUAACGUGGGAAUUGUCAGCGGCGGCGGCGUUGUGCACCUGCGGUUGAAGCGGCCACAGCAGCUCCCUCAUCUCUCUCUCCUCCUCUCUCCAUCUCCUUUUCCUCCUAAUUUCAUUAACUUGCUGCCUCUUGUCCUCAUGAGUCAGCGACUGUGUGUUUUUUUGGAAGUUUCUAGAAGCUGCCUUUAACCCCCCCCCCCCCCCCCGAAGUUGUAAACUUUUAGCUCAUGAAUAGAUCUCGCCUCCGGAUCCUUGUUCCUUGAACUCCACCGUCGUCGUCCAAGUGGAGAAUCUCUCGGUAAAUGUUUGCGGUUAAAAAAACAACUAAAAAGCGUGGCUUGUUGCCCCCCCCCCCCUCACAGUGGGACGCCCAUACAUAAUACAUGCGUUGGAAUAUGGGAACAUUACAUUAAAGUCGCCAUAACCGAAGCGAAAUGGCAGUUCUGGCCGCAGCGAGUCUGUUCUCAGAGGUUUCAAUUACUUAAAGCACUUUUUAAAAGUGGGGGGGGUCGCUCUAUAAAAACGUCCCGACGCGAAACGUUUUUUUUGGUGUUCACGGCCGUGCGUCUCCCCCUCCUCCCAGGUGACUGAGCAGAGGCGCUGAGCAUGAUGGACCAUCUCAGCGAGGCGUGUCUGGGCAAGGAGAACUCGGACCUGGUCAACAACAUGGCCGACGCCAAGGCCCCGCCGGCCAAGCUGCCCCGGCUGGAGCAGAACGGCAGCCCCCUGGGCCGGGCCCGGCUGGGCAGCACCGGGGCCAAACUAGCCGGGGUCCCGUACAAGCCCACCGGCCACCUGCUGAAGACCUGCCACAAGAGAGGCAACAUGCUGCCCGUGUUCUGCGUGGUCGAGCACUACGAGAACCCGAUGGACUUCGACAGCCGGGAGGAGCACGCCGAGUUCGUCCUGGUGCGCAAGGACAUGCUCUUCAACCAGCUCAUCGAGAUGGCGCUGCUGUCGCUGGGCUACUCCCACAGCUCGGCGGCGCAGGCCAAAGGUAUGAUUCAGGUGGGCAAGUGGAACCCCGUCCCGCUGUCAUACGUGACAGACGCACCGGACGCUACGGUGGCCGACAUGCUGCAGGACGUCUACCACGUGGUCACGCUUAAGAUCCAGCUGCACAGUUGUCCUAAGCUGGAGGACCUGCCGCCCGAGCAAUGGAGCCACUCUACAGUAAGAAACGCCCUCAAGGAGUUACUCAAAGACAUGAAUCAGAGCUCUCUGGCUAAAGAAUGUCCCUUAUCACAGAGUAUGAUUUCCUCCAUUGUGAACAGCACUUACUAUGCAAAUGUGUCGGCGGCGAAGUGUCAGGAAUUUGGGCGCUGGUAUAAACAUUUCAAGAAGACAAAAGAUAUGAUGGGCAUGCGGCAACCAUCCCAGCUGGAGGGCUACCUGGGGACGUGUGUCCUCCGAGAGAGCCCGCGUGCCAAUGCACUAGAGAUGGACGGCCUGUCCGACCUGUCUCCUCCCGGCUCUAACCACAACCACAACCACACCCACCUGGGCUUCUCCCAGCAGCAGCAGCCCAUCCCCGGCAGCACGGCGGAGCAGACGCCCUCCUCGCCGGUGCCCCCGCUGCCCCACGCCCCGCCGCCGCCGCCGCCCCACGGCGGCCAGAACGGCGGCCGGCAGCCCCAGCUGCCCCCCGGCAUGCACCACCCGGGCCUGGUGUCCACGCCCAUCAGCCCGCAGCUGGUCAACCAGCAGAUGGUGAUGGCGCAGAUCCUCAACCAGCAGUACGCCGUGAACCGGCUGCUGGCGCAGCAGUCGCUGUCGCAGCAGUACCUCAACCACCCGCCGGUCAACCGCAACGCCCACAGCAAGCCCAUGGAGCCGCAGGCGUCCUCCAACACCGAGGUGUCCCUGGAGAUCUACCAGUGGGUGCGGGACGAGCUGAAGCGGGCCGGCAUCUCGCAGGCCGUGUUCGCCCGCGUGGCCUUCAACAGAACCCAGGGCCUGCUCUCCGAGAUCCUACGCAAGGAGGAGGACCCCAAGAUGGCGUCCCAGUCGCUGCUGGUCAACCUGCGCGCCAUGCAGAACUUCCUGCAGCUGCAGGAGGCCGAGCGCGACCGCAUCUACCAGGACGAGCGCGAGCGCAGCCUCACGGCGGCCUCGGCCAUGGGCCUCCCGCCGCUCAUCAGCACGCCGCCCAUCCGACCUGUGCAGCAGCCCCGGAGGGAAGACUGUAACAGCGUGAGGCCCGAGGACUGGAAUCCCAGGAUCCCCGUGGGCCUUUCCCCUGUGAAGCCGCCGGCGCUGCCCAGCGAGUGGAACGGCAAGACGGAGAGCUGCAUCCUGAACAUCAACUCCACCAUCUACGACGAGAUCCAGCAGGAGAUGAAGAGGGCCAAGGUGUCCCAGGCGCUGUUCGCCAAGGUGGCCGCCUCCAAGAGCCAGGGCUGGCUCUGUGAGCUGCUGCGGUGGAAGGAGGACCCGUCCCCGGAGAACCGCACGCUGUGGGAGAACCUGUCCAUGAUCCGCCGCUUCCUGAGCCUCUGCCAGGUGGAGCGCGACGCCAUCUACGAGCAGGAGAGCAGCGCCGGGCAGCAGCAGCAGCACGGCGAGCGGCCCGCCGCCGCCGCCGCGCACCUGAUGCACAUGUCCGCCGAGCAGCCGCAGGCUCAGUCGCUGCAGCAGCACCAUCAGCACCACCAGCCCUCUCUGGCCCUGCAGCAUCCCUCGCAGCCCUUCUUGUCCCAGCAGCCCUUGCAGCAUCUGCAGGCCUGCGCCGGCCCCCGCCUGCCGCCCCGCCAGCCCUCCACCGCGUCCCCGGCGGAGACGGAGGACGAGGGCGUCCGCGACGAGGGCGUCCGCGGCGGCGGGGGCAUCAAGUCCCGCCCCUGCGGCGGGAAGAUCUCCCUGGAGGCUCUGGGCAUCCUGCAGAGCUUCAUCCAGGACGUGGGCCUGUACCCCGACGAGGAGGCCAUCCACACCCUGUCGGCGCAGCUGGACCUGCCCAAGCUCACCAUCAUCAAGUUCUUCCAGAACCAGCGCUUCUACAUCAACCACCCGGCCAAGGCGCCCAAGGAGCCCGGCAGCAACAACAACAACAACAACAACAACAGCGGCAGCGGCAGCAGCAGCCCGGCCUUCGAGGAGGAGCUGACGGACUUCAGGGAGGGCGGCGAGCUGCUGGCGGAGCUGGACGACACGCAGACCCACGGCACCAUCUUCUCCAUCAAGAUCGAGGAGCAGCUGGCGCGCGGCGCCGAGGCGCGGGCGGAGUCGGCGCACGAGGCUGCGGAGUAGGAGGCUCCGCCCCCCCCCCCUCCGUGUUUUUACUCCGCGCGAGGAGCAUUCCCGUGAACCCGCUGACUGUGAAGCACCGGAGGCCCGCUCCAGACCGUACUUCUAUUUUUCGGGGGGGGGGGUGAUUUUUUUUUACAAACUUGUAUUAUUCAUUGUAAAGACGCGUCGUUGAAAUAAUCUGCACAAAAAAAGUUAUUCUAAGUAUGUCGCCGUGGAUACUUGCUGACUGCACUCCGUCUGUUUUACACCGACUUACUUUAUCGUUUGGAGCGACUGACUUCUAUUUAAAAAGAAAGGAGGAGGAGAGAGAAAAGAAAAGAAGAAGAAGUUCGAUAGGUGUUUACGUACGUGAUGUUUUAACUGGAUUUAAAAAAAAUAAUAACGGUAAAUGAGCUCAAGGAGCAAGUGGUUAUUCUGUUUUCUUUGUUCUCCGAUUAACUCCAGUCUUUACACAUUAUUUGUUUAGGGAGGAAAUAUAAAUAUAUAUAUAGACAUUAUAUUGUAACUGUAAAAAAAGAAGAAAAAGAACGGGGAAAAAAGAGAAGAUACAGUCUUAAAGAAACUAUGCCACCGAAUGCCUUGAACCACACGGCGCCGCCGACGUCAGAUUAAGUUGCGAAACCUUCGUCACUGUAACUCAGAAAUGUGAAUCACGCCAUGUUGAUGUUUAUGUUGUCCCACAUUAUUUAUUUGCAGUUCAUGCAGUAUUUUUGAUGUAAUUAUUCAUUUGUUUUUCAAAGUUUACGUUAUAGCGUAAUAAUUUUUUUUAAUGAUAUAUAUUCCACAGACCUUUUUAUUUAAUUUUAUUUCUAUUUAUAAAUCGUGAUUUCGACGAGCGGUAAAAACAAAAAGUGUCUUAAACGUUUUAAAUGGAGAAAUGUGCUUUAAAAAAGUUGCCUGUAAAAAAAUAAAAAAUAAAAAUAAAAGGCGUGUGUCGAGCAACUCGCGCUACAAGCUUCACAAUUUUAAUGUAUGCAAAUUUUUACUAUCAUGCAGAAAAAUAAGCUUCAAAAGGUAAAGCGACAGCGGAGAGAGAGAAACAUAUGCAAUCUGUGGAGCGCCUUCCUUUCGGUUCAAAUGCUCACAAAGAGAUUCCUGUACAAACAUCCUGUAGAAAAGUGUUUCCUUUCUUUUUUUUAUCGGUUUAUGUCAAACGAGAAGCCUUAUUUUGUUCCGAGUGUUUUUAUAAGUGUUCCUCGGCUCUGGCGUCCCGACUGGAAGUGGUUGUUGAUUGUUGAAGACACAAUUAAACUGUUUGUAUUGUACCGCACAUUUCUUUGGCAUUAACUUGACCAGACUUUGGCACCAGAGUGGGACCUCCUUUUUUUUCUUUUUCUUCUUCUUCUUCUUCUUCUUCUUCAGAUGAACCGAUGUGAAUUGUUUUUAAAUCCACGGAGAGAAAUCACGCCUCCGGGCGCCGACCCGCCUCCUCCGGGAGCCGCGGUCACUCGACACCUUUAUUUGUAAUAACUGUAAAUAUCACAUCUUAUGAAUCGUUGAUUGUUUAUUAUUGUAAAUAUAUUUGAAGCCCGGAGCCUCUUCCUCUCUCAGCCUCCUCUUCCCCCGCCGAGAGCGUCGGACGCACCCGAGGACGAAAAGAGAAACGGCGAGGCGGAGGACACCUGUGAUUGGCUCGUUAAGAUCCAGGUGCCCUGACCUUGGGGUUGACCCCUGACCUUGGGGUUGACCCCCCCCCUCACAUGGGAAACGGCCCGAGCGCUCCUUGAUGUUCUGCUCUUUUCUUUUUUUUCUGUUUUUCAUGAAAAAAAUAAAAUAAAAAAAGCCAGAGUGUAA